GUUCUGUAUACUGAAAUGAACUUCAAAAAAUCCAAAAGGCAGAGCCAACAGAUGUUUUUUGUACCAGCCUAUCUCAUAUGAUGGUUACAGCUGCUUCCUUUCCUUGAGAAGAGUAAUGAAAAAGAGAGAAAAUUUCUUCCAGGUUUCUUUAAGUAAUCCAUAGAGUGACUAGUUUCCAUCAUGCUUCGUCUGAGGGCUGCUUAUGAAUUCUUCUGGAGAGUCUUUCAGCGUGGACCUAAAACCAUUGACCCUUUGCUUAGCCAAAUAAAUACAUGUGUGAAUGAAGAACAGAUUUUUGAUAUAAUUGGAAACAAUGCAGCCAAGCUUUCAGAAAAACAUGUGGGAUGUGCAUAUAAAGUACUUUGGCAGUUUCAAAAGGAAAAGUCCGAUUUGAUGAGAAAUAUUCCUUAUGUCAGAGAACAUCCUCAAUUUCUUACUCUUCGUAUUUUAGCUAAGGAUAAAAUUGCAUUGAUGAAUGAUGAUACCCUGGUGAAUGUAUUGUAUGUUAUGUUAAGGUUUGCUGUUGAGGCCCAUGAUUCUUUAGUUGAGCACCUGGUGAUGGAAGCAUGGAGGAGGGUAGAGAGGUUUGACCUUAGAGUACUGUCAAAAUUCUCCAGCUGCCUAGGGGAUCAACAGAUGUAUUGCAGUCCUUUAAUGGGAAAAAUAGCUGACAUUUUAAACAGGAACUUGGAUUCAGUGCAGGACUUAAGGAUAUUGUCAGUCUUGAUGUUGAAUACAUCUUCUGUUAUCUCACAAAAUUUUUGUGAACAACUUGUGAACAAAACAGAGCUCCUCUUAGACACAGUGGACCAUUCCCAGCUUAAUACUUCAAUAAGAAUAGUACGAUUUCUCCACAAAAAUCGAUAUAAUUAUCACCCAGUAUUAGAAAAGUGCAAUUGUGUGUUCAUCAGCAAUAUUGCUCAUAUGAAUUUGGAUACCCUCAGUUUGAUUCUUGCACUGUACCAGUCUUUGCAGUUUAAUGAUUUUCCAUUUCAAGUAUUAGCCAGAGAGAAGCUCUCUAAAAUGAUUGCUGUUUAUUGUGAUCCUGCUUCCUUCGUAAAAUUAUUUGUUGCCUUGGGACCUUUGGCUGGACCAAUGGAAGAGAAACAGCUUAUGUCAGCUCUCAAAAUGAUGUUGGAUGAACUGACCAGUCAGCAAGCAUUAGCCAUAGUGGUCACAAUGGAAGAAAUGAAAAGCAAAGAUUCAUAUCUGAUUGAAAAAAUUGCUUCUGUCUUAUGCAAAUACUUGCGUGACUAUAAACCAGUGGAACUGGCAAAGAUAACCACAGCCUUGAUUCACUUGCAUCUUCAUGAUUCAGAGGUUAUUAGGAUUCUCAGAAAAUUCCUACUUAGCCAUUUGAGAAAUAAUGUUAUACCUAGUGAAAUUUCUAUGCUGGUCCGUGUUAUUGCCAUGCUUCCUUUUCCUCAUUUGGAUGAAUCAGGGCUUUCCCGGGUGGAAUCCAUUUUACCACAAUGUCGUUUAAGUGAUCUCAAUACUUUUGCAUUAUCUCUGUCAACAUGGAUUCGACAUGACCGUUCAUAUCUGGACAGUCUUUCUCAGAAAAAUUUCAAACUACUUCCACAAUUAAAUACCUAUGGUUAUCGGAGAUUACAACAAGCGAAUAACUUGAAUGUACUGUGGGAAGAACUUAAAUAUGUUCAUGGAGAAUGGUUUGAGGAAGAACUUCUUGAAGAAACAGUUGUCACCUUGCAACGCUUGAGUGACCAGAUCACACCCACAAACGUCGCCAACUUAUCAGCUUUUUUUGUCAAGACUAACUACCUUAGUGCUCCGGUGCUUGACAAGAUAGCUUCUGUGACAGUCCAGCACAUCAGUAAGAUCCAUCCUUUGGCAAUCCAUUCUAUAUUACUUCCCUUCAGCCUCCUUAACUAUGAUCCACCCCAAAAGGAUGAAUUCUUUGGAGCUUGUAUCCAGUGCCUUAACUCACACUUAAGUCUCAUUGAACCUCAUCACUUGGUGUUUCUUGGCUUUACAUUGGCCCUUGCUGAGUAUUUUCCAGAAGAUCUGAUAAAGGCAGUAUUUAACAUCGAAUUCCUAGCCAAACUGGACUUACAACUUCAAUACUUAUCUCCUCUCUUAAGUACAAGAACCCACAGCCGUCUCAUGGAAUUUAAUAGAGCAGUCUGUUUGGAAUGCCCUGAAUUUGAAAUUCCUUGGUUUCAUGACCAUUAUUGUCAGCAGCAGUACAGUAAAGUUAAUGACAGUAUCAGUGCAGUACAACACCAGGUUUCUAAAAUGUUGGGAGAAAUCUUAGGAGGACACAAUUAUGCAAAACCAUCAGCUCUCACACCUUAUGGAUACAUAGUGGAUUUUGAAUAUAUCUUGGAUAAAAAGAAGAAGCCUCUUCCUCAUAGAAAUCAGGGUGUGGUUUUGAAUGAGCUGCCAAGUGCACACUGGAGACCAGAUACCCAUGAUACCAGGUCAGGGCUGCCACCAGGAGCACAAAGGGUUGCUUUAGAAUUUUUGGAUUCACGAGCAUUUUGUAAAAACAUCCCCCACUUAAAAGGAAGAUCUGCUAUGAAAAAAAGACAUCUGGAAAUUUUGGGUUAUCAUGUGAUUCAGAUCCCUUAUUUGGAAUGGAAUUCUAUGGAAUUAUCAACAAAGGAUGGCUGGAUGGAGUAUUUGAGAGAGCGUAUGUUUGCAGAAGUCAAAUCAUAAUUACAAUUUUUAUUUAUGAUACAUCACAUUUUAGACUUAAAUUAUAAUAGAAAAUAUGAACUUGAUUAAAAACAAUAUUGUAAUAUUUAAGACUGAUUAAAAAGAUAAGGUUGUUAUUAUGUAACAAACCUGUAGUUCUUCAAAUAGAGAUUUUCAAAAUUGUAUAUUUUUUUCCAUUAAGCACUUCUUUUGGUAUGAAAGUCAUGGUGGUUUUUUUUUUGGACUUAACAAUGGAUUAUUAUACCUGAAUAUAUUUUUUCAAGAACAUUG